GGUCUUCGGUUUCAAUAGACGUUAUCAGGUAUUUUCAUAUUAUAUUUUGAAUGAAACGUUUGUAGCCGAGCGGGCUCGGGAGGACGAGGCGUUUAUGUCACAGGAGGAGGAGGAGGAGAAAGAGAGGCGAAGAAAAAAAAUAGAAAUAGGCUUUUUUUGACAGCUAGCUUUGAGCUAACGUUAGCUUGGUCAGGUAAGGUCGACUGAAACAGUCAGUUUGCCGAGGAUAACCGGGGGCGUUGUGCAGCUGUCACAGGAACGAGCAACUCUGCUUCUAGCUAACAGCACGCUACAGAAACAGACAUUAUUAACGGUGUGUGUUUUUGUCGUGUGGUUAAACCACUCAGUCCGUCUUCUUUCAGAGACAGCGGGGCAGCUCAAAGUGCACCGGGACCAGCGUUACUGGAAGUGUUGCUGCUAGCGGCGAAUACCACUGCCAGGCGUCUGCCCGUGACAAAACAUCCGCCUCUGUGAUAGUUAAUUGUCUGUGUUGUUAUCGUUGAUAGCGCAAACGCUGCUGGGAAUACCCUCUGGUUCUCCGAGGAAGAGCCGAAGAAGUGGAAGUACAGGCCCGGGACUACACAGCUCUCCUCCGCCAUGGAAUAAGUCUUGGGACAGUUUUCUGCCACAACACGCCUACCAUCCGUUUUGAUCACAUCUGAAGGAGUGUUUACACCUUGUCCAGCGUUGGACAGCAGCCAUGAUGCUGAGCGCUGAAGGCCAGCAGCAGAGGUUCAGCUCGUGACUGAAAACCAUGAAGCAGCCAGGGAAGUGACCUCGGUGGACUCUACAGCCUGAGGGUGCCGAUCACUGGCACCAUGGCAUCCAAAGAGAGACUGUACGAGGUCUGGAUGCUCUACUGCACAAAGAGGGAUCCCGACUACUUGAAGGUAUGGCUGGAGAUUUUCAUCAGCUCCUACGAGCGAUGCCUGGACGUGGACUUUGAAAAGCCACCGUCGAGGCCAGAGGAGGUUCCCCCGGUGUUGACGCUCCUCCCCGACAACAUCCUGCAGGUUUUGCGCCACCAGCUGCUGCAGUGCGUCCAGAAGGCCUCCGACGGCCUGGAGCCCGAGCAGCAGAACCUGGCUCUGCUGCUGCUCAAGUUCCUCAUCAUCGUCUGCAGGAACCUGUCCAACGUGGAGGAGAUUGGCACUUGCUCUUACAUCAAUCACAUCAUCAAUAUGACAACACUCUACAUUCAGCAGCUGAAGAGCAAGACCAAAGAGAAGGAGAUGGCAGACCAGAGCCAGGCGGAGGAGUUUGUCCGUCAUGCGCUGGCGUUCUGCGAGAGCCUCUACGACCCAUACCGCAACUGGAGGCAUCGAACCUGCGGGGCGCAGCUGGGCACAGUAGAGAGGAGCAGACAGAAGUACAAGGCAGCUCCGCUCACCGUGGAGUUUGUUCCUUUCUUUUAUCAGUGCUUCCAGGAGAGCGAGCACCUGAAGGAGAGCCUGAAAUGCUGCCUGCUGCACCUGUUUGGAGCCAUAGUAGCUGGUGAUCAGAGGAACGCUCUGCUGGCCAUCUCUCCAGCCACCAUGGAGGUGUUGAUGCGGGUGCUGGCCGACUGCUCCAUGGGGAGCGGCUCCUCGGACGAGGGCGAGGACUGGGACAGCGAGGCCCCGGACCGGAAGGCCCUGCUGACCCUGGGCUGCCUGCGGGAGGUGGUGCAGCGCCUCCUGGCCUCCAGCUCCGACCAGCGGCAAGUGGAAAUCGCCUCUGUGCUGGAAAACUACUUCAAGCUGCUCAAUUCAGACCCGGCCGCUGUCGUUGCUUCCCAACAACAACAGCAGCAGCAGCAGCAACAACAACAACAGCAACAGCAACAAGCCAAGGGCAGAGUGCCGGCACUGGGCCGGCACUGGGAGAGCCGCUUUGUGGCGCUGCAAGUAAAUAUGCUAGACACCAUCAGGGACAUGUUCCUGUGUUCAGACAGGCCGGUUCUACAAGCCAUCUUCCUCAAUAGUAACUGUUUCGAGCAUCUGACGCGACUGCUGCAGAACAGCAAGCUGGUUAACGCGAGGUGCACGGCUGCAGACAAGGACCAGAAAGAUAUAACCAACAACAGGUUACUGACAGGAGAGAGGGACACUCAGGUGUUUCAAGGGCGACUAGACUCCCUCGCUGUGGCGACCAUCAAAGCCCUGACAACAGUGAUGCACAAAUCACCGGCAGCAAAGGAGGUGUUCAAGGAGAGGAUCGGCUACAAUCACCUCUAUGAAGUGCUCACCUCACUCGGCCAGCCGUCGCGGCUCCUCCUCAAGGAGCUGAUGAACAUGGCGGUGGAGGGCGAGCACACCUCAGUGGGGCUUCUGGGAAUCAGCAACGUGGAGCCCUUGCUGCUGUUGGUCCAGUGGCUCCCGGAGCUGGACUCGUCGGAGCGGCAGCUCUUCACGGCCGACUGGCUCCGCCGCCUCAGCUGCCUCAACCGCCAGACCCGCGGCACCUGCGUCAACGCCGCCAUGGUCAUGCGAGCGCUGGCGGGCCUGGAGCGCGACCAGCGCCUGCACCGAGCGUGCGCCGAGAGCCUGUUGGGGCUGGUGGGCUCGCUGGGCUCCCAGUCCCUGGGCGCCAGGGAACUUUUGGGACUCCUUCGCCUCCUCAGGCCUCCAGAGUCCACUCAAGCUCACCCCUAUGUGGGUCCCGCCCUGAGGGCCCUCCUGGCCAUGGUACGAAAGCAGGGCCUAGAAAGCGCCAUGCAGUACUUUGACCUGUCACCCAGCAUGGCGGGCAUUGUAGUUCCGACGGUGCAGCGCUGGCCCGGCUCGGCCUUCAGCUUCCUCGCCUGGUUGUCACUAGACCAGGACCAGCUGGGCCCACUCAGCAAGGACAAGAGGAAGCAGCUGUACAGCUUUUUUACCCCCGGAGGGACGGGGUUCGAGGCCUUCAUCAGCUCAGCGGGUGUGCUGGUGGUGGCUGUGUGCACGAAGAAGGAGUACGUCACGGUCAUGCUGCCCGACUACUGCUUCUGUGACUCGCUCUGGCACAGCAUCGGUGUGGUGCACGUACCAGGAAAGAGGCCAUUCGGACAGAGUCUCGUGUACAUUUACGUGGACGGGCAGCAGAAACUGUCUGCCCCCCUCAAGUAUCCCACCAUGACAGAGCCAUUCAUCUCCUGCUGCAUCGGCUCAGCAGGCCACCGGACCACCACUCCCCCGCCCUCCCAGAUCCCAGACCCGCCCUUCUCCUCCGCCACCACGCCCACUGCUCGCUCCUCGCUGGGCUCCAUCCUGUUGCCGCAGACCUGGGGGGGGCUGCUGGGGGGAAAGCCGGAGUCUCUGACCAAGCUCAUCUCGGCGGGGACCCAGGACAGCGAGUGGGGGAGUCCUACCUCGCUGCAGGGCCAGCUGGGAAGCGUCAUGGUCUUCCAUGAACCCCUGCAGCCCAACCACAUAAAAGCCAUCUGUAGUGCUGGUCCAAACUGCAUCUCUCCAUUCAAAGCCCAGGAAUCCGAACUCGGCGAUCUUUCAACCAAAAUGCUGCUGCACUACUCGCCCAAGGCGUGUAGGAACCCCAUCUGUCUCGAUCUGUCUCCGAACAUGCUGCAUGGACGCCUGACUGGGAAUAAAGUGGUCAACUGGGAAAUCAAGGAUAUGAUCAACUGUGUGGGCGGCCUGCCGGUGCUCUUCCCCAUACUGGAGCAGUUGACUCUGAUCACCCCGGAUCAACAGGCCAGUGAUCCUGCAGCCGGGUCCGAUUUAAUCAGCCCUGAUGUGACCACGCCAGUCGACGGAGAUUGGGUCAUUCUGCCGUCCAACCGGGCUUCAGAGGCGCGCCUUGAAAAGAAUCUGGUGGCCACCUUCCUGUUGGUUCUGAAGCAUUUCCUGCAGAGGCACCCUAUCAACCAGGAGAAUCUGCUCCACUCGCAUGGCGUCGGCACACUGGGAGCUCUGCUGCAGAAGCUGCCAACAGGUCACGUGGACGUCAGCGUGCUGGUUUCUAUGCAGCUGCUGAUAGAACAGGUGACCUAUGAGAAGAACCAGGCUCUGCUGCAGCAGCUUCACACACAUCUGCUGUUCAACUUCAACAUCUGGAACAAAGGAGACUUCCCUCUACGCAUAGGUCAUAUCCAGUACAUGUCCACCGUCAUCAAAGACAACAGGAAGCAGUUCAGAAAGAAGUAUGGAGUUCAGUUCCUCUUGGACACCGUGCGCCUUUAUUACGGGAGGAACAGCAACAGAGAGAGCGACCUGAGCGAGGACGAUGUCCGCACCAUCCGGACGUCUCUCUGCGGCCUCAUCAAGUACUACAUCAGCAAGGGCAUGUCGCAGGAGGAGAUGCACAGCAUUCUGGGAUACAUCGCUGCCAUCGGAGACGAGGAACAGUUGUGUGGGCUGCUGGAGUUGUUGCUCAGCCUCCUUCAGACCAGUCCGGCCCGGGACCAGAUCUUCCUGCUCCUCUUCGAGCCCGGUGCCGCCGACUCCUGCUACGCUCUCGUGCUCAACAACAAGCACUCAGAUCGACUCCGGGAGCUCGUCUUCAAGUUGUUUGAGCGCAUGCUGCGCUGCGACCGCGUCUACGAGAAGAAUAAGCAGCGCUUGCGGCUGAGGGAGGCGGGUUACGCCGGCCUGUCGCUGCUCUUCUCCGAACUUCACAUCACUCCGACACUGAUCCGCUGUCUCCUCAACCAGGUCCUCCACACAGAUCAUGUGGUGAACUACAAGGACCUGAUGGCUCUGGUCCAGCUCACUCACCGGGCCGGACCCAGCGAACGCCUCCUCGUCUGCAAGAGGGUGUACCAGCUGCUACAAUCCCAACAAGAUGCCGCCAUCCAGAUCUCGAAGCAGCAGUGUUGGCAGGACACCCUAAUGCGGCUCUACCUGCGGAGCGACGGGUCCCAGCCACAGCGGGGCACCGACACCAUCAGCGCCUGCAGCCUGGACCUGAGCCGUCCCGGGGGCGGAGGCGCCGCCAACCGCCUGGAGCUGCCGCUGGAGAAGAGGUCGCGGGCGGGCAGUGCCGGCCGCCUAGAGGACGACCGGCUCAGCGUGGGCGACACUCGCUCCGUGGACAGCCUGGAGAACGGCGACGUCAUCUCGCUGCUGGACACGCCGUCCUCCUCGGCCUCCGCCGAGCCGCCGCCGCACGUCAGGCCCUGGGUGGUGGGAAAGUCGGGGGGCUUGAUGCUGGAUCUGUCCCACCUGCAGGCCUACGAGGGCGGGGACAGCGGCAGCCAAACACCUGGCAGCGUGCCCAGCACACCGUCGCCGCUGGAGAACUCGAAGCCUUUCCCAGGGACCGCCGCGGAUCGAGAUGCAACCUCCUCCCUGACUGAGGACAGCUUUCUCUUCAGCGACAACAUCUCACUGGGGGAGUCCUUCAACAAUGCUGAGCGGGCGGAGGAGGAGCUGUGCACCAUGCUGCUGGAGAUCGUGCUGUGCGUGAUGUGGCGUGGGGUGGAAGGCUCGGACGACUCGGCGUGGCUGGAGCGCGGCCAGGUCUUCUCGGCCCUCACCAAACUGGCGACCGCCAACGAGCUGCUGCUGCCCGUCGACCAAAUCAAACUGAGUCUCAUGGAGCGUAUGUUGGAGUGGGCGGUGGGCGACAACCGCGAGGCGUCGGCCGCCACAUUGCCGCAGCACACGGAGAACGCGGUGCGGUUGCUUCACAUGGUGCAGGACUUCCUGCAGGCGGAGGGCCUGGUCAACCCGGCGCUGUGGACGGAGAAGGUGCUGGAGGAGACGGUGACGCUGAUGGACAGCCUCAUGGUGUGGUACUCGGCCGGCGCUCAGUGGUUCCAGCUCUCCCAAGUUGGCCUGCGGCUGCUACUGGGCUUCAUGGCUCAGGAGGACCCUGAAGUGUGUGCCAUGGCCACAGCCAAGCUCAACGGCAUCCUGCAGACCAAGCAGGUGUCCAGCCAGGACGAGGCCUGCUACCUGCUGGGUAAGGUGGAGGGCAUCCUGCGGCGCUCCAUCCAGGAGCAAAGGGAGGAGACGUACUCCUUCCUGGUCCCCCUGCUGCGGACGCUGCUCUCCAAAGUCCACCGCCUCCUCUUCAUAGAGCUGCACCUCCCCCAGCUCCCCGACACCAACGGCAGCCCGUCCUUCUUCGAGGACUUCCAGCUGUACUGCAACUCCCCCGAGUGGCGCGUCUACCUCGACAAAUAUAUUAUCCCGUACAUGAAGCAGUAUGAAAUCGAAACAUUCAGCCAGGGCCACGAGACCAUGGCUCUCUACUGGAAGGAGUGCUACGAGGCUUUCAUGGUCAGCCUGCAUAAGAGAGAGAGGGAGAGGGGUGAGGGCAAGAUCCGCUUCCAGGAGCAAUUUGUGGAGCCUUUCUUCCGCCGAGGCCGCCAGGAGAACCUACGCUACAACAGCAUGUUGAAGCAGCAGCACAGCCAGAACGGCGCCAUCCUCAGGCAGUGGAAGGCAGCACGCCGGGGUCUGGUGUGUGAGAGAGGGCCCUGGGCUGACAGGCAGCAGGAUGAGAUGCACUGGAGGGUGUCCAGCGCUGAGAACUUCUCCCGCAUGAGGCUGAAGCUGGUUCGUAAUUACAACUUUGACCCGCACCGAGAGGCCAGCGCUCUGAGAGACAACCUGGGUGUCCAUCAGCAGCGUGUAAACGCUGAGUCUCUGCUGCUGGAGGCCGCGAAGCAGGUUAAAGUCAGCGACCUGGAGGACGACGUCCUGGAGCUGCCGGAGGAUGACCCGGCCGCCGCCAACAACCAAGUUGAAGCAGAGGAAGCGGGCCAGAAGGAGAAGCUGGUGCUGUGGGAGGACUGCGAGCUGGUGACGGUGGUGGACGUGGUGCCCGGCCGCUUGGAGCUCACCACCCAACACAUCUACUUCUACGACAGCAGCCAGGAGAAAGAGGAAGGAGUGGGCCACGACUUCAAAUGGCCCCUGUCUCAGAUCCGAGAGGUCCACCUGCGGCGUUAUAACCUACGUCGCUCAGCUCUGGAGAUCUUCCUCAUCGACCAGACCACUUACUUCCUCAACUUCAAGAAGGAGGUGAGGAACAAGGUCUACAGCCGCAUGCUGCUGCUGCGGUCCCUCAGCCUUUAUGGAACCCGCUCACCGCAGGAGCUCCUCAAAGCCUCCGGACUUACACAGAAAUGGGUGAACCGGGAGAUUUCCAACUUUGACUACUUGAUGCAACUCAACACGAUUGCAGGCAGAACGUACAACAACCUGGCUCAGUAUCCGGUGUUUCCCUGGAUUCUAGCUGACUACACUUCAGAGGAGCUGGACCUGUCUGAUCCCCGGGUAUUCAGGGACCUGUCGAAGCCAGUGGCGGUUCUUAACGAACGCAAUGCCAAGGCUGUUAGAGAGAAGUAUGAAAGUUUCGAGGACCCAACGGGCACCAUCGACAGGUUCCAUUAUGGCACCCACUACUCAAACGCUGCCGGAGUGAUGCACUACUUGAUCAGAGUGGAGCCCUUCACCUCCCUGCACAUCCAACUGCAGAGCGCCCGGUUUGACUGUGCCGACCGCCAGUUCCACUCCAUCCCCGCGACAUGGCAGACCCUCAUGGACAACCCCAACGACGUCAAGGAGCUCAUCCCGGAGUUCUUCUACUUCCCAGAAUUCCUUGAGAACCAAAACGGCUUUGAUCUGGGUCGCCUGCAGAUCUCCAAGGAAAGGGUUGGCGAUGUUGUUCUACCCAAAUGGGCCAAGUCCCCCGAGGACUUCAUCUACAAACACCGCAAAGCCCUGGAGUCGGAGUACGUAUCGGCGCACCUUCACGAGUGGAUCGACCUGAUCUUUGGUUACAAGCAGAGGGGCCCCGCGGCGGUGGAGGCCCUCAACGUCUUCUACUAUUGCACAUACGAGGGGGCGGUGGACCUGGAUGCCAUCACGGAUGAAAAGGAGCGCAAGGCCCUGGAGGGCAUGAUCAGCAACUUUGGACAGACGCCCUGCCAGCUGCUCAAGGAGCCCCAUCCAGUGCGACUGCCUCAGGAGGAAGUGGAGAAGAGGAAGGCUCAGCUUGACUCGUGUCCUUUCAGCAUGUUCGAACACCUCAGCGACCUCAAGUCCUUCUUUGUCGAGGGCAUCAGUGACAACGUGCCGCUGGUUAAGGCCGUGGUGCCAAAGAAUCAGUCCCAUUCCUUCAUCACCCAGGGGAGCCCUGACACCAUGGUGACGGUGAGUCAGAACUGCCUGGUUGGGACCCACGGGUGGCUGCCUUACAACAAGAACAUCUCCAACUACUUCACCUUCAUUAAGGACCCCACCGUGUCCAACGCCAAGACCCAGCGUUUCCUCUCCGGACCUUUCGCCCCCGGCAUGGAGGUAACGGCGAGGCUAUUUGUGGCCUCCCACGACGGCAAGCUGCUCUUCAGCGGCGGCCACUGGGACAACAGCCUCCGGGUCACCUCCCUGGUUAAGGGCAAGACUGUGGGACAGCACAUCCGACACAUGGACAUCGUGACGUGCUUGUCAACGGACCACUGCGGCAUCCACCUGAUCUCCGGCUCCAGAGACACAACCUGCAUGGUGUGGCAGGUUCUGCAGCAGGGUGGAGCUCCCGUGGGUCUCCAUCCCAAACCAGUUCAGGUGUUGUAUGGACACACGGACGAGGUGGUCAGUGUCAGCAUCAGCACAGAGCUGGACAUGGCUGUGUCUGGAUCACGGGAUGGGACGGUGAUCAUCCACUCGGUGCGUCGGGGUCAGUACAUGCGUUGCCUGCGACCGCCGUGCGACAGCUCCCUGCCGCUCUCCAUCCUCCACCUGGCCGUGUCCUGGGAGGGUCACCUGCUGGUCCACACCUGCCUCGAAGGCAAAGCGACGCUGAAGGAUAAAAACGCCCUCCACCUUUACUCUGUCAAUGGGAAGCACCUCUGCAGCGAGCCUCUGAAGGAGCAGGUGACUGAUAUGUGUGUUUCGGGGGAGUACGUCGUCAUCGGCAGCGAGCAGGGAUACCUGUCCAUCCGUGACCUCUACAGUCUGUCCCUGUGCGCGGAGCCCAUGGCCAUGAGGGUGCCGGUGCGCUGCGUCUCGGUCGCCAAGGAGCAGAGCCACGUCCUGGUGGGCCUGGAGGACGGCAAGCUGAUCAUCGUGGGCGUGGGCAAGCCGGCGGAGGUAAAGAGCUCGCUGAGGAACUACAUCGCUCAGAGCCUGGAGGGAUCGACGCUCUUGGCGUCCCCCCUGCUGGCCCCGCUCCGGGCCCGCUCGCCAACCCGCCUGCUACACCAGCGUGACCAGCUCGUGUUCAGCCCCUCCCCUAGCUCCCAUAAACCCCAGUGGCUCUAGUCCCUCCCCCGACACUCACACACACGCACACACUUACAUCUGAGCCACACAGAUUGAAGUUGUUCUUUGAGCAGACACAGAGGCCACUAGAGCCACAACCGUGACCUGAAAACAACUUUAUGUGCUUACCUCAUCUGUGCAAUAUUUGACUUGAUUUGGCCAUUGACCUGGGAUAAACUCCAAACCCCUGCUGUUUACCUGAAGUGUCAUUAUGUGACGUGUUUGUGUGUACUCCACCACUGUAACAAAUAUGCUGUGAAACAAACUUAAGACGAAUUAACACUUUCUGCAAACUCAAGCCAUAUUAACAGUGUAGCCACAAUCUAAUAAUGCAAAACGAAUAAUCCUGCGCCAAGAUCGACUUUAAUGUUUUGAUAAUGUACAUAGUGUGGUAGUGUAGAUGAGCUCCAUGCAGGCAGUGAACCAUUGCACCUUUCUGCUUUUCAUCUUUUCUUACCAAAGUGAAUCAACCUUUGAUUUAUUUGCCUCACAAGUCAAUCAAGCUGCAAUGAACUAAUCAAUCAACCACUCAUGAAUCAUAUCCCUCUUUUCUUUCCUUCCGGUUUCCUUUGACUUCACGCUUUUCCUCCCCCACUCUCCUCCAUCCCACUUCCUCCUCUUCUUCCUCCGCUCUUCUCAGAUGCGCUCGGGCCAGAUCACACGGAAGCUGUGGGGAUCCAGCAAGAGACUGACCCAGAUCUCCUCGGGGGAGACGGUCUACAACACCCAGCAC